AUGGGUUGUACCACAGCUCCAUCAAGGGACAAAGUAGAAAUAAUUGGAGAUGGAAACCCCAAAGUAAUUUUUUCCAAAGAAGAAGAUAUUGCAACUUAUACCAUAAAAGCAGUGGACGAUCCAAGAACCUUGAACAAGGUCCUUCAUGUUAGACCCCCUGCCAAUAUUUUGUCCUUCAACGAGAUUGUCUCCCUGUGGGAGAAGAAGAUUGGCAAGACCCUUGAGAAGACUUACCUUCUAGAAGAUCAAGUUCUAAAGAAAAUCCAAGAGUGUUCCAAUCCUUUAAACCUCCUCCUCCUAUCCAUUGCCCACUCUACCUUUGUGAAGGGAAAUCUUCGAGACUUUGAGAUUAAGGCUUCUAAUGGCGUGGAGGCUUCAGAGCUUUACCCAGAGGUGAAAUACACUAUUGUAGACGAAUACUUGGAUCAAUUUGUCUAAAACUUGGAACAUGUUUGUGGCAAUAUGUUGAUACAGUGUACAAUAAAAAUAAAAUCUCUGUUGCCUAUGUGGCAUUUGCUACUUGUCAAUGUGCACACUUCUUUGUAUAAGGU